ACACACAUUUCUGAAAUAAAAAUCCUUGGAUUUGGAGACCUUCAAGAUGUUAAGUAUUUUAUUUUCUUUUUAUUCUUAGUCAUCUAUCUGAUGACCAUAACUGGAAAUAUCAUCAUCAUCUUAUUGGUCUCAACUAAUUAUCGUCUCCAAUCACCAAUGUACUUUUUCCUCGGUAACUUGUCUUUCUCAGAUGUCCUGCUAACAUCAAAUAUUGUCCCCAGUAUGCUCAAUGUAACGUUAAUGGGGGGUAGCACUGUGUCCCUUAGAAACUGUAUCACUCAGUAUUUAGUGUAUGGUGGCUCAGCGUGCAUGGAGUGUCUUCUGCUCACCGUUAUGUCUUAUGACCGCUAUCUGGCUAUAUGUAAUCCCCUUCACUACACCACAAUUAUGGACCUGAAACGUUGUUUAUAUCUGGUUGUAUUUUCCUGGUUACUGGGAUUUACUGCAACACUCAUCCCUGUAUUUAUCAUGCAAACCUUGUGGUUCUGUGGCCCCAAUGUGAUUGACCAUUUUUUCUGUGAUUUUGACCCCCUCUUGCAAUUGUCUUGCUCUGAUGUAUCUGUAGCAAAGUACAUGGUGUUUGCACUAUCCAGCCUUGUGACAGUUAUACCAUUCUUGUUCAUCAUUGCCACAUAUGUCUGUAUUUUUUUGAACAUUUUGAGGAUCACUUCAGUCAGCGGGAGACAGAAGACCUUCUCCACUUGUAGUUCCCACCUUGCAGUUGUAUGUUCCUAUUAUGGGUCACUGUUUGCCAUGUAUGUGGUGCCUUCGAGACAGCAAUCUUUGACGAUGAACAAGGUGGUUUCGCUGAUGUGCACCGUGGUCACUCCAUUAUUGAACCCCAUAAUAUACAGCUUGAGGAACCAAGAGAUCAAGUCAGCCAUACAGAAAUAUAUAUAUUACUCGCACAGAUUUUUUUUCGGCUGGAUGCUUUUUCCCAAAGUCUUUGCAGAGAUCAGUUAA